ACCGGAAACGCAGCGUUCAUCAACUUCCGAUGUCACGGGGUAUCUGGGAGUCGGAGCAAAAAAGCGGGCACAACAAAAUCUUUGCUGUUUUUGUAGACUUAAAACAGCAGAAGGCGUAAAGAUUUGGAUUAUUGCGUCACAUAAACACAUAUUGUGGGCCUGUGACUAAGCUGGAUUCGCUUUGGGCUUCGAAAAUAGUCUCAUUUAUUCGGAUUUCGUAGCCUAGCUAGCAGCUGAGCCUCCUCGGCGGUGUGGAGCAGCAGGCCUUUCUUCUGGACUUUGCUACAAGCUAGUUAGCUGGCGUUAGCGGGCUAACUUAAGCGAGCACGUUUUUCCUUUUUCCGUAUUUGUAUGUGUUACAUUUGAGCAAAUACCACGUCACUAAUGUGUGUGAUACCACCUAUCGUUUGAUAGGUUUGUUUUUGAGCCGUGUUUUUGCUAACCGAGGUUAACUUUCCGAAGCGCUAUCAUUGAAGCGCUUGAAUCUCAAAGUGCUCACUUUCUUGCUAGCUUAAGCUAGCCUCCGCCAACCGAACAACGCAGUCUUCGAAAGCGUAGUAGGUUUCUAUCCAGAGAUGUCGGAUUUCGACGAAUUUGAAAGACAACUGUCUGAGAACCAUCAAGUUACUGAGCACCGCUCUUUUGCCACAGAAAGGGACAAAGAAAACCGGCACCAUCGUCGUUCUUCAUCCCGCAGCCGCAGCAGAGAGAGGAAGAAGAGGAGCAGGGAUGGCGGGGAAAGACGCAGCAGGGACCGCCGUGGGGACAGUAAGGAGCGGAGACACCGGCGCAACUCGCCACCCGCCUACCCUCAAGAAAAUACUGCAAGCCGAUCUCCCCAUCGUGAAAAGAAGAAGAAGAUCAAGAAGUAUUGGGAUGUUCCUCCUCCUGGUUUUGAGCAUAUCACUCCCAUGCAGUACAAAGCCAUGCAAGCCGCAGGCCAGAUUCCAGCCACAGCUCUCCUGCCAACCAUGACUCCAGAUGGACUGGCUGUUACUCCCACUCCUGUGCCUGUAGUGGGGAGCCAGAUGACCCGGCAGGCCCGCCGGCUUUAUGUGGGUAACAUCCCCUUUGGUAUCACAGAGGAGUCCAUGAUGGAUUUCUUCAAUGCUCAAAUGCGCUUGGGUGGUCUCACCCAAGCCCCUGGCAACCCUGUUCUUGCAGUACAGAUCAACCAGGAUAAGAAUUUUGCCUUUCUUGAGUUUCGUUCAGUUGAUGAAACUACACAGGCAAUGGCCUUUGAUGGCAUCAUCUUUCAAGGCCAGAGUCUGAAAAUCCGUCGUCCACACGAUUACCAGCCCUUGCCUGGCAUGAGCGAGAACCCCAGUGUCUAUGUGCCUGGUACACAGACAAUUAAUGAUCGUCUAGGUGUGGUGUCGACUGUGGUACCAGACUCGGCUCAUAAGCUCUUCAUUGGGGGUUUGCCCAACUACCUGAAUGAUGACCAGGUGAAGGAGCUGUUGACAUCAUUCGGGCCUCUGAAGGCCUUCAAUCUGGUAAAAGACAGCGCCACAGGCCUCUCCAAAGGAUACGCUUUUUGCGAAUACGUUGACGUCAACUUGAAUGACCAGGCUAUUGCUGGCCUGAAUGGCAUGCAGCUUGGAGACAAGAAGCUGCUGGUGCAGAGAGCCAGUGUGGGAUCCAAGAACGCUACUCUGACAAGUAUAAACCAGACCCCAGUGACGCUGCAGGUACCAGGUCUGAACAGCUCCGUGACUCAGAUGGGGGGCCUCCCCACUGAGGUGCUAUGUCUGAUGAACAUGGUGGCCCCUGAAGAGCUCCUGGACGAUGAGGAGUAUGAGGAGAUCGUGGAAGACGUGAGGGAGGAGUGUGGCAAGUAUGGCCAGGUGAAGAGCAUUGAGAUCCCCCGUCCUGUGGACGGCCUGGAAGUUCCUGGAACCGGCAAGAUCUUUGUGGAAUUCACGUCGGUUUUCGACGCCCAAAAGGCCAUGCAGGGGCUCACAGGGAGGAAGUUUGCCAAUAGGGUGGUGGUGACCAAAUACUGCGAUCCAGAUGCUUAUCACCGCCGGGACUUCUGGUAGAGAAGGCAUUGAGAAGAGGAGCAGGGGGUGGGGAGGGAGGUAAGGGGACGUCAUGUGUAUUACCCGUUUCGAAAGCAGCCCUGAAAUUGAUUUGUUGGAACAACAUUUCUUGUAGAUCUUGGAUUAUUCAUCCCUUUGAAAAACGGCUUUGGUAAUAUCCGGAUUAUUAUUUGAGAUCUAUGGGAUGUGUCCAGCAGUAAAAUGUUUGAUCUGGAGGAGGAGGUUCCAGUUUAAAUGAAAUGCAUAGAUCCGGAUGGUAGUCAUGUAACCGGGUGGGGAGGGAAGAUUUCUCAGAAACGUGUGUAUUACUUUGGCCAGGAGGGAGCUGAUUUUUUUUCUUUUUUAUACUUUGAGACAAGGAUGUCAUUGAGGGUGGGGGGUGGGGGGCAACUCUUUAGGGUUUGUAUUUAAAUGGAGGUAGCCUGUUUUAAGAACGUUAGGGAGCUGCUGUAGAAAAAGUACUGGAUGAUUCAGGCCAAGAAGGAUGUGGAACAAAACCUAAAAAACAGAAGUGUGUGUUUCUGAAAGGAAGAUGUAGGGGAGAUGAAGAGGAAGAGGAUUUUCAUUCGACCGCCUAAUGUAGAUGCACCGUGGCCGUAACGCCAUCCUCAGUUUGCUCAUCAUUUGACAGUUUUUGUCAGAGAGGCUUUUCUGUUUUAGACUAUUUCCUUCUUUUUAUGCUUUCAUCUUUUACGCUGCCCCCUCCAGGACGGUUGUCGUUUGCCUGGACCUGUUCUGAAUGGUGUCAUUUUUCAAAUACUGUGCGUCGCUUCUUCACUGAUGUGAGCUGUGAUAUCAUGUGUCCAAUAAGCUUAAGUACAUUAUUUUUCCUCCUUAGCUUUAAAUUUACCCAUCCAGUUCAUUUCUGAACACCUCCUUAACAGGUCAAAGUCUCAUCCAGGACCCAGUACAAACACGAAAAACAUUGGAGAAAGUAGAAUCGAUAAUGGUGGGGAGAAAUCUCCUCACCAGCGAGCCUUAACCUUCAUGUUGAUUCGCCUGUGAAGGAAAUUUGGCUUGCCCCCUUUUUUCCACUCGCGGUCUGUAAGUUCAGUCUUUAUUUUCAGUGUGUGUUUGUGUGUGUGCAACGCCUCACUUCUUUGACAAGACCAAUAAACACGUAACUAACAUCCACGUCUCAUGUUGUUUUGCAGUUUUUUUUUUAUGCCAACACAGAGGAGUUACUUUUAAAAACCGGUCUUUUAUGAUAAAAAAAAAAGAAAAUAAACGGCUCAAAUUUAGCUGGAGGUAUUUUACAAAUUUACUAUUGCUUUCAUUGGUGUUGAAAGUUGAUCUACAAGUAAAUCUAGGAUGUCUUCUGUCAGCAGGAUUAAGCUGUAGACUAUAGCCUGCAUGUCUCCCAUCUCCCUUAUCAUCUUCCUUUAAAUCUGAGGACCACACCUUCACAUUGAAUGGGCUCGUGACGACAGUAAGCUUCUUAUUUGAAACUUUAGUCAUUACGCUGUCAGUUAUAACCCAUUUGAGAUGUUACUUUGCUCUCUGAAAUUCUGCUCUUUCUGUGUCUGUCUUUAAAAAAAAACGUUUUUAUUUCAGUGGGGAAAAAAUUAAAAUGUGAUUUCUGAAAUGAUUUAACCGAAAAGCCACAUUUAGUUUAAGGCAAAAGCAAGUCGUUCAUUUGUCCAAUAUGUUUCCAAAUGUUGAUUAAAAACUGAAUUUACAUGU